CAUGGACAUUUAGUUGAUAAUAAAUAUGUUUCUUUCGAUUUUUGCAUUAUCACAAAAAUUUGAGUGGUUCGUCAUCUUCAGUGUCGACACAUUUGUAAAAUUUUAGUCAAAAUUAAUAAAUUUUUUGAUUGAAAUAAAGGUUGCAUGCAUCACAUCACUUACCAAAGUGAAUCCAAAUCAUGUGACUCUCCCCUCCCCACUAACAAAAACUCCUUCCCGUGACAGUCGUGAAAAUGAUGAGGUGAUCUCGGUCUCUAGUAGCAACGUACGUCACACUAACAUUCCUUUCCUUCCUCGAUGACCAUAAGGACGUGGCCGGCGCCGUUAUUGACUAAUAAAGUUUGGAAUUCUCGAACUGUGCACAUUGAGAGCGGUAGCUACUCCCAAGCUCCGUUUGUUGGUUCCUUGUGCAAUUUCGAUUGUUCUGAUCAAUCACGGAGUAGCAACUACGAAUUGAGCGACCAUCUAUGCUCUGCUCAUGCUCAUGCUCAAAAGUCCCCAUCUUGUGGUGUAUGGACGGUUGGUAGGGAACAUAUGUAGGUAUCAGAAUUGUCGCUGCUCGCACUCGAUUUUGUCUUAUCUUAUUUUGCAGCUAAAACCAAAUAUUGAUAAGGUCCCAUAAAUAAAAUAGUAUAAAAGGCUUAGUACAAACGUUUUACGAUGUGCAACGGAGUAAGCAGUACAUCAUUUCUUUUCUCUCCAAAAGGUUCAUUUGAUUAAGAUUCAUCGUCGGGAGUAUAGGGUUGAUGGCACUGAUUGCAAACGGCAGCCUAAUUUUCCAACUUUGUGAUGUGUUGCUGGUUUAUCAUAAAGAAGAAAAUAAAAGGACAAAAAGUUGUCCGUGAUGGGGAACACACCGAUGGUCGACAAAGAAUGCGUCAAAAAAAUAGGACAAACAAUACACUACCACGCCAACGCCCCGCGGCCCGUUCUGGUGAUAACACACGUCAACAACCUUCUACCUCGAAAAAGACCAACACCAACAAUGGAAGAUCCCAUAUAAACACUGGCACUGUAAAAAAUUAUGGAACAUCGCGCGGAGGCAAUAACCUUGCAAUACAAGAACAUUCCAGUGCUGCCAAAAAUGUAUAUCCCGAAAAGGAAAGUCAACAACCUUCUACCUCGCAAAAGACCAACACCAACAAUGGAAGAUCCCAUGUAAACACUGGCACUGUAAGCAACUAUGAAACACCGCAGCUACGUAAUAGAAAAGCUGCUAACAAUUUCUACUCCAGCUUUGUUGAUGAGUGCAAUGAAGGUGAUGGAACAUCAAGAGCCGUUCAGAUGACAGUUUAUGGCAGCUACAGAUGUGACGAAUCUUUGGAUUUACUUUGGUCUGACGAAUCUUCCACUGAAGUGAUAUCUCAUAAUGAGGGUUCUUCCGAUGACGAUGAAUAUGACUAUUCUGAUGGUGGUACUCAAGAGGCGGCGGAAUUUGCAAGUUCCUCAAGCCAUCACAAUCCAAGUCAAUACCUUUCCAACUCGGAGCAAAACUACGUCUCCUAUGAAGAACGCUAUGUAAAUGCAGUCCCUGUAAAUAAUUAUAGAACAUCGCACGAAGGUAGUAAUCUUGCAAUACAAGAAUAUUCAAGUGCUGUCAAUAAUGUCUAUCCCGAAACGGAAAGAACGGUUGAGAUGUAUUAUGGCAACUACACAAGUGAUGGAUAUUCUGCUGAAGCUUUAGUCUAUUGUGAAUAUUCUGAUGACGAAGAACAUUCUGGUGAUGGUAUUCAAAUAAUGGGGGUAUAUGCCAGUUAUAGCUCCGAUGAUGAAUAUGAUGAAAAUUCCGGAAUGAUAAAUUUUAUUUAUGACUCUGAUGACGACUAGCACGUUUGAUGUUUGAAAGGAUGCCAUUAUAACAACUGUUAUAUAUGUAAAUUCUAUUCUAUCUGCUUGUUUGACCUUUAUGGGUUGGGAAACUAUUGACCCGAACGACGUGACAUUUUGCAUACGGGUCCGGGAGCCGGGGAUAGUUCUUAGCAUAAUGUGAAACCCCUCGCUCACUAGAAAGAGGGGCUCCCAUACAAGUGAAAUUGUUGCGGAACUUCCUCAUGAAGGUGUAUGUAAGGAAACUCAGUAGACAGGCACUACGACGGUUGCCGGGACAGCUAGUAAAUAAAUAAAUAAAUAAAAUAAAGAACUAUUUAAAUCCUGUGAAUAUAAUAAAAAAAAAAAAAAAAAAAUGGAUGGAAUACCUUUAGAAAUAUCUGAUCGAUUCUGCCGAAAAAAACCCUGAUAAAAACCACUCAAGCAAUUUUUGGAUGACUUCCCGGAGGAACCCUUGGACCCUUUGUUUCUUAUGGGGUAUCGUGUAUCAUCCUGAAUAAAAAAGCUCGUCAUUAGGUAGACCUUAGUUCUAAGACCUUCGUUACAGAUGAAAAAGCAUACUGCAUACUGCACUUCAAAAGGCCUUCCGUUAAUUAUUGGCAGUGAUGCUAAUGCUCACCAUAUAAUCUGGGACAGCUCAGACAUAAAUUUGAGAGGCUCUAGUUUGAUGGAAUACUUAAGUAGAACAGAUCUUGGAUUACUUAACAUAGGCAACCGCCCAACCUUCAUGGUAUCCGCUAGAGAGGAAGUGUUAGACACAACGCUCAGCUCUAGCAGAAUUAGUCACGAGCUCACCAAUUAGCAUGUGUCAGAUGAAGAAUCUUUAUCUGAACAUCGCUACAUCUUGUUUGAACAUGUGAAUGUUACUUCGCAAGCUUUGUGUCUCCGGAACCCCCGGUCAACCAACUGGGAUCUCUUUACCGAUUUGGUAGCAGCCAAAUUUCAUGGAUACUCACCAUCCAUUGACACUCCAAGUGAUUUAGAUGAUGCCGAAAAUACUACAACGGCCUUCAUCAUGGAAGCUUUUGAAGAAGCUUGCCCUCUGCGGUCUGUGAAGAUCACAAGAGGAACCCCUUGGGGGAACUCAGAUCUGGCGAAGCUCAAGAAACAAUGUAGAAAGAGUUGGAACAGAUGACGUUCUCCUAGAUCGGAAGCUUUCAGGUCGGCUCGCGAGGCCUACCAGAAAGCUCUUCGGUCUGCUGAACGAUCCGGCUGGAAAAACCUUUGUACACAUAUUUGAACAAAAUCCUUGCAAAAUCUAAGGAUUUUCAAGGGAACGAACUUCGUUUGCCAAAUGGUGAUUUCACUUCCUCUGAUGAGGAAGUUUUGGAAUGUUUAUUCAGUACACACUUCCCCGGAUGUGUGGAUAUUACAUCUUCGGAUGAACCUGAUGUCUUUUCUUGUAGUUAUGAUACUUUAGCUUCGGCUCGCAGUAUCAUAACUUUAGAAUCGAUUGAAUGGGCACUUAAUAGCUUGCUCCUUACAAAUCUCCUGGGGCAGAUGGGAAUUAUCCUAUUUUGCUUCAGAAGAGAUUUGAUUAUUUCAAACAUGUUUUGAAAAAACUACUUGUUUGCAGUUUUGCUACAGGGUAUAUUCCCAAAUCCUGGAGGGAUAUUACUGUAAAGUUUAUUCCGAAAGUGGGUCGUGCGUCGUAUGAAGAAGCAAAGAGUUUCAGACCUAUCAGUUUGACCUCUUUUCUUCUGAAAUGCUUAGAACGCAUUGUGGAUCAUCACAUCCGUGAUGUUCAUCCGGCCAACGUGCCUCUUCAUGUGAACCAACAUGCCAACCAAUCUGGUAAGUCCACUGUGACUCUUUUACACAAGGUUGUUUACGAUAUCGAGAAAGCAUUCGCUCAAAAGCAAUCUGAUUUGGGUGUUUUCUUAGAUAUCGAGGGUGCCUUUGACAACGUGCCUUUCGAUGCUAUAUUGGAAGCCGCACGGAGUCAUGGUAUAUCUCCAAUGAUUUCCAAUUGGAUUCAUCAAAUGCUCAAAAACCGAUAUCUCUUCUCGACAUUGCGUCUAGCAGGGAUUAGGAAAUUGAGUGUUUGUGGAUGCCCCCAAGGGGGAGUCUUAUCACCACUUUUGUGGAAUCUUGUAGCAGAUACGCUAUUGAGGCAACUCAAUAAUAGCGGUUUUCCUACUUAUGGUUUUGCCGACGACUACUUAACAUUGUUAGUUGGUAUGAGCAUCAGCACCCUUUUCGACCUGAUGCAAAACGCCCUUCAGGUAGUUGAGGGUUGGUGUCGCCAAUAUGGCCUUUCGGUUAAUCCGAGUAAAACAUCUAUUGUUCUUUUCAUGGAAAGGCGAAACCGUAACGGCGUUCGACCUUUGCGUCUCUUUGAUUCUGAAAUCGAAGUGACUGAACAGGUAAAGUACGUUGGAGUUAUUCUUGAUUCCAAGCUUUCCUGGACACUUCACAUUGAGUUCAGAAUCAAGAAAGCUUGUAUGGCCUUCGGGCAAUGCCGGCGUACUUUUGGUACAACUUGGGGUCUAAAACCCAAGUAUAUCAAAUGGAUUUACACAACUGUGGUUCGGCCAAUAUUGGCCUAUGGAUGAAAGGGCGAAAUUAGAACGAUCCCAUCAAAGUUAGGCCAUCUGCAAAGGAUAUGCUUAAUGGCGAUGUCUGGAGCGUUCUCUUCAACUCCUACGGCAGCGCUCGAAGUUCUCUUUGACGUUGCUCCACUACACAUUCAUCUCAAACAAGAAGCACUUUCUUGCACUUACCAUCUAUGGGAACUCGGUCUACUAGAGGAAACUCCUGUGAACCGCAGUUCAACACACACCUCGUUGUUUCCACUAUUGUAGAAUUGGGACAAAGUGGUCCUUGCUCCAAGUGAUCUUACAAUUGCUCCCAUAUAGGACAUUUUCCACGAAAUUCCCUUCCCGGGAAGAGUGGACAUCUGGAUAUCUGGAAAGAAGUAUUUCAGACGGCAUCGUAUGUUACACUUUUGAUGGCUCCCUUCUUGAAGGUCGAGCAGGUGCUGGUGUUUAUUCUCGUGAGCGAAGGCUGUAUCAGUCUUACUUCCAGGCUUUCAGGAAUCUGCGGUUCUUAUCCUGUUUUAUAUGGGAAAACCUUUCGGAGUUCCAGAGAAUCCUUCUCAAGAUGCUGGGGAAGUCCAUUCUAGAAGUUUUCGUAAUGCCUUCCCAGAAGAAUCCUUAUCAGAUUUUUGGAAAAAUGCUUCUCAGGUUUCCAGAUAUAUUUCUGAAACAUUUUAGAAGAAUACCAAGGGGAAGCUUUUCUAAAGAUACUAAGACAAUCUAUCACAUGAUUAUGGGAGAAUUCCUCUCGGGACUCUGAGAAAACCCGUCUCAUAGAUAUGGAGUAAUCUAUCUCAGGAUUGUAGGCAAAUCCAUAAUAGAAUUCAGAGAGAAUUCCUACCCCGAUACCGGAAGAGUCUUGCUUUCUUUCCUAGAUAAUGUCGCUCAGGAUUCUGGUGUAAUCAUUUUCAGCAAUCUGAAGAAAUUUCUGUCAUAAUUCUAGGGGAAGUGCUUCCAGAAAAAAACAUUUGCACUUCUUCCUAGCACUUUCGAUACUUGGGAAAGUUGUGUGGCCCGUCGCACAGCAUUGGUGGCAGCGCUUCUUUCGACGGUAAGUUUGCAAUAAAUCAAAUUAUGGUUAUUGAUGAAUGCGUAGAAUCCAGUUUAAAGGAUUACGAUUACAGACGCGUGGUUGAUAUCAGUGACACGGUUCGAUGGAUAUAACUGUGACCUUGUUUUCUUUUUAUCUAGUCCCGGAUUGGAACGAUAGGAUGGUGUCAGGUGAUAACUGGAAUGCAUCGUCGGUAAUACCACAGACUUAAAAAAAAACUGUUGUAAAAACAUGUUCUUUAGAAAUACAAUCUAAUCUGAUAUCUAUCACACAGAAAUAUUUUAUACACCCUUGUGAAUUACGUAGCAUUUGGAUGAUAAAUUUCAGUGUAUAUAAAAAGGGGUGCCACUUCAGGUGACACUGUGUAGUUUUAUUUUGCGGAGAGCAAACAGUGUCUCUCUGUCUGGAAAUUUGAUUUUUAAAAGUUAUCCAACCCACAAACAAUUUUUUGGUGAAAUAGAAGAAUUAUCUUCUUGGUGAAAGAAAUCAGAAAAUCGCAAAAGCAGAACAUAAACUUAGCUAUGUCAGUUUCAAAUACCAAUCGCAAGAACGUGGGUGAGCCAUGUGAAACUUACGAAGGCAUGAAAUUCAAAGAUGGCAAUACGUCCAUUGAAUACGUACGCGUCGAGGCACAGGGAAUGCAAGCCGAAGGGGCGAGAAUGCAGGAAGGGAACCAGAGUUUCGAAUUCGUCGAAAUCUCGAACAGUGGGGAUCGAAAACGCGACAAUCAACCCUCCAACAAUAAUCGAUCGCUUCGGCAAUGAAAGGGCGGCCGACCAGAACACUGAAAGGCAACUGAAAGCUGCAGCUGAGUCGAUGUGAUUUAGGCAGAAUAGUUCUUUAGAACAUGUUUAUGUGAUUUUCGGCUUCUUUGGACGUUUCUCGAAAUGGCAGAAUAAAUUGCUUAAACUGA